CUCAAUUUUAUUCACCCUGCAACCCGCAAAUCCUAUUUCAGAAAACUCCCAUUUCAAAAUUCACCAUUUUCCGAAUCUAGUUAAGUUUCAAUGGCGGGUAAGAUGAUUAAGAUUGUUGUAAUUCUGAUUAUUGCAGGGGCACUUUGGGCAGGAGCUGCAGCCCAAUCAAGCGACUGCACGAAUGUGAUCAUCAGCAUGUCGCCGUGCCUAAAUUACGUUACAGGAAACUCGUCCACGCCUUCUUCUUCAUGCUGCUCUCAGCUUUCCAGCGUGGUGAAGUCGCAGCCUCAGUGCUUGUGUCAAGUCAUCAAUGGCGGUGGCUCCUCUCUUGGUAUCAAUGUAAAUCAGACUCAAGCCAUGGCUCUCCCUUCGGCAUGCAAAGUCCAGACUCCUCCUGUCAGCAAAUGCAAUGCAGCUGCUUCUCCCUCAGCGUCUCCUUCAGGAACCACACCCACACCCUCGUCUUCAGGUGGGGGAGCAAAGACUGUUCCAUCAACAGCUGUGGGUUCCUCAAAUGGAAAUGCUACAAGCCUCACAUUUUCCCUCCUCCUAGUUUUGUUCUUCCUUUCAUUUAUUCAGUUAAAAUAAUUUUCUACCAUUUUCUAUAUUAAAAACAGUACCUUUUUUUUUUUUAAUGUGGGAUUAUUGUAUUAUUGUCUUGUAAUUUUUAUAAUAAAGUUUAUUGGAUUAUGUGGCA